UCUGUCUGUCUCUCUCUUUCUCACCUUCGACCUUUCUUUCUCUCUCCAACAACUUCGACGACCACCACCAUCUUCUUCUUCACCACCAUCUCUGCACUACUACCCAACACCACCGCCACCACUUUACCCUCACCGCCGCUCCAUUUCUUCAAAGGAAUUUCAAGAUCCACUCGAUCAACCUCAGUUUUUCUUCGCGCCAUUUCCUCAAUUUCUGUUUCCAACCAAUUCGAUUUCACUUCCUGCUCAAGGUGUGUGGUUUCCUAUUCACGUCUCUCCUUUUCUGCUUGAUUCUCCCUCACCAACUUACUUACAUUCUUCCUUUGGUGUUUCUUUUCAUAUUCCGUUCAUUUCCCCUCUCUGAGGGGGGGCUUAAAGGAAUCGCUUCGUUGUUGAUUAUUGUUAUUUAAAAAACAAAUUGGGAUUCUGGUUGACGAAUGUGAUUUAGUGUAGGCGUUGGAAUUUAGUGAUUCUGGAGUCUUAACUCAGUCGGUUUUUGGAAUUCUGGUUGUUUGUGGAAGUUUGAGUAGGAUUUGUGUGUUGUGGUGAUCUGAAUUUUGAGAGGAUUUCGGGGUUUCUGGUUCUGUUUGAGUUGGGUUUUUGGUUUAUAAUGAUCGAGUGAGAAUGGUGAGGUUUCUGGGACUCGCUCGUGGUGACUCUUAUGAGUCACCACGAGAGAUCGCCUCCAGGGCCACAACGACAAGCGAAAAUGGCGAGAGUGGUUGGCUUAUUCGGUUCUUUGACUCGGCUUUUUUCUGUGAGUGGAUUGCUGUUAGCUAUCUCUACAAGCAUGAACACUCGGGGGUUCGUGAUUAUCUCUGUAAUAGAAUGUAUACGCUGCCUCUAUCGGGUUUGGAGAGCUAUUUGUUUCAGAUAUGCUACAUGAUGGUGCAUAAGCCUAGUCCAUCGUUGGAUAAAUUUGUAAUUGAUAUGUGCUCGAAGUCGCUUCAUAUAGCUAUGAAGGUGCAUUGGCUUUUAGCUGCUGAGCUUGAUGACUCUGAUGAUACUGAUGGGAUAAGUAGGAUUCAGGAGAAGUGUCAGAUUGCAGCAACAUUGAUGGGUGAAUGGCCGCCUCUUGUCCGACCUCAGGGAGAAUCAAUGAGCCCUGGAAGCAAAAACCAGGUUUUGAAUAAGCUAUUUUCAUCAAAACAGCAGUUGUUGUCCCUUGUGUCUUCUCCACCUGACCGAAGGUCCAUGUCAUUCUCGCCUUCAUCAGGGAACAAUUGGCAAGAAGAUGCUGGUCAAUUAUCGCCCGACGAGAACAAUAUUUUUAAGAAAUUUAUCCCAAGCCCAAAAGUUAGAGAUGCAUUUUUGUUUAGGAAGUCAGUAGAUAAAGAUGGUGAUGAAACUGAAAAAGAUGGGUUCUUCAAGAGGCUUUUAAGGGACAGUAGAAAUGAUGAUGACUCAGGUUCUAAGAUUCGUGAUACUCUGCUCUUCAGGAAGUCAUCAGAAAAAGAUGACGAUGACUCUGAAAGAGAGAGUUUUUUCAAGAGGUUUCUGAGGGACAGUAGAGAAGAUGAGGAUGUGACUUCAAGCUCAGAGGGUUUUUUCAAAAGGUUGUUUCGUGAUAGCAAGAAUGAAUCUGUGGAUAAAAUAGCUUCCAAGUCUGGGUCAGGGGAGGAUGAUGAAAAGGAAGGAUUUUUUCGAAAGCUUUUCAAGGAUAAGUUCGAAGAUAAGCGAGAUGCAAAUGACAGGAAUGAAGAUGAUAUGAACUCUGAAGAAAAAUGUUCUAAAUCCAGGGAAGAUGAUGAAAAGGAAGGGUUUUUUCGUAAACUUUUUAAGGAUAAAAUUGAGGACAAAAAUGAUAUAAUUGAUAAGGUUGAAGAUGCCAAUGGGAAUGUGGAGGAAGAAGAGCCUUCAGAUUUCUCAUUGUUUCGCAGACUGUUUCGGGUGCAUCCGGAGGAGGCAAAAAGUACUGAAUUAAAUGAAAACAGUAACAUAGAUAGCCUGCCUGAAAGUAGUCGAGGUACAGAGAAUUUUUUUCGGAAGUUGUUUCGAGAUCGGGAGCGUUCAAUUGAAGACUCAGAGCUUUUUGGAUUGAAGAAGCACAAUGAGAAGCACCCGGGCUCCCCGAGACAGCAAAAUGAGAAGUCAAAUGUUAAGCCUCCUCUUCCAAAUAGUACAGCAUCUCAGUUCAGAAAAGGAGCUUAUCACGAGUCAUUGGACUUUGUUCACUCCUUAUGUGAGACAUCAUAUGGUUUAGUGGAUGUAUUUCCAAUUGAAGACCGGAAAAGUGCACUUCGAGAGUCUCUUGCAGAAAUAAAUUUAAAAGUAGCCGAGGCUCAAAAUAAUGGAGGCGUUUCAUUUCCUAUGGGAAGGGGGAUGUAUCGUGUUGUCCAUAUUCCUGAGGAUGAAGCUGUGCUUCUCAACUCUAGGGAAAAAGCACCUUACUUAAUAUGUGUUGAAGUACUGAAAAGUGAAGUUCCAAACAACGUAAAGGAUGCAUCCAGUGCUCAAAAACUAUCUAGAGGAGGAAUUCCUUUAGCAAAUGGAGAUGCAUUAUUACCGAAGCCACCUCCCUGGGCCUAUCCAUUGUGGACAACUCAAGAGGCAUACCGGAAUAGUACUGAUCGAAUGUCAAGUUCUACUGCUCAAGCAAUUGAUCAAGCAAUGUCGCACAAGUCAGAUGCAAAAGUGAAAUUUGUAAGUUUGAAACUUUCUGUGGAGAAACAACUGAAGAAUGAGUCAAAGAACACUGAAAUAACUGAUUCAGACCCCGCUGAAAUUGUAUCAAGUCAACAUGGUACAGCAGAUGUUGUUCAUGGUUCAGGAGCAGCUUCUAGCAGCGACUUGGAGUGGGUGAGAGUUGUUCUCACAGCUGAUCCUGGAACUAGAAUGCAAGACAUUGAAGUACAAGGAGCACCACGUCGGAGGGAACACCGCCGGGUCCCAAGUACAGUAGCUAUAGAAGAAGUAAAGGCUGCAGCAGCAAAAGGCGAGGCACCUCCUGGACUCCCUCUAAAAGGGGCUGGUCAGGAUUCAUCAGAUGCACAGCCGAGGGCAAAUGGCAGCACACCCAAGGCCAGUGACGCCUUAUCUGGAGAACUUUGGUCAGUUAAGAAAGAAAGGAUACGCAAAGCUUCAGAAUUUGGAAAGUUAUCUGGUUGGGACUUGCGUUCUGUCAUUGUGAAGAGUGGAGAUGAUUGCAGACAGGAGCAUCUUGCUGUGCAACUUAUUUCACACUUUUAUGAUAUAUUUCAAGAAGCUGGCCUUCCUCUCUGGUUACGACCCUAUGAAGUAUUAGUUACUUCUUCUUACACGGCUCUUAUUGAGACAAUUCCAGAUACGGCGUCACUUCAUUCUAUCAAAAGUAGAUAUCCUGGCAUCACUAGUUUGCGUGAGUUCUUUGUUGCCAAAUAUGAAGAAAACUCCCCAAGUUUUAAACUUGCCCAGAGGAAUUUCGUGGAAAGUAUGGCUGGAUAUUCCCUCGUCUGCUACCUUCUGCAGGUGAAAGAUCGGCACAAUGGAAAUCUGCUAUUGGAUGAGGAGGGUCAUAUAAUACAUAUCGACUUUGGCUUCAUGCUCUCUAACUCACCUGGCGGGGUAAAUUUUGAGAGUGCUCCUUUCAAAUUAACCCGGGAGCUCCUGGAGGUCAUGGAUUCUGAUGCUGAAGGAGUUCCGAGCGAGUUUUUUGAUUAUUUUAAAGUUUUAUGCAUUCAAGGAUUUCUCACAUGCCGUAAGCAUGCAGAACGUGUUAUUCUUCUUGUUGAGAUGUUGCAGGACUCUGGAUUUCCAUGCUUCAAAGGUGGCCCGCGAACAAUUCAGAAUCUCAGAAAACGAUUUCAUCUCAGUUUGACUGAAGAGCAAUGUGUCUCUUUAGUGCUUUCACUUAUCAGUAGCAGCUUAGAUGCAUGGCGAACCCGGCAGUAUGAUUAUUAUCAAAGAGUUUUGAAUGGAAUAUUAUGAGGUUAGAUUUCCACGGUGGUUCUGGUGUCUUUGUUUUACCAUUUGAGAUUGCCAGCCUAGUGAACCAUUUCGAUUGAGAUUACAUCUCUAAUCAACUACCAGUUUAAGGCUAGUUUGUUUCUGUUGGAGUGGCUCCAAAGUUUCCCUGGAUGUCAAAAUAGAUUCUUUGCUGUUGGUGCAUGACCUGUUUUUUUCUACACGAGCGGAUUGAAUCAGUGAUUUUAUUAGCUGAUGGAAGGUACUACUGGCUGAUCAACGGCUGGAACAGUAUUAAGUUUCAACUUUCUCAUUUGAUUUAGUGCAUAACAUGGCUGCUUGUUGGGAGAGCAGAUUCAGCUUCCCUUGUAUACCAAAAAAGCAUACCUUGUAUAUAAUAAUUGCAGUUUUCAAUGGAGAAGACAGACCUUGAACUUGCCAUUGCUGCCUGUACCGUCUGUGCUUAACGAUAUCGUGAUUGCAACUACACAUUGGAGUACUUAACGCAGAGCAAUAGGCAUCAGUGCUAGCACAUCUUGGUGAUGGAACGAAAAUCUCUUGCAUUACAUAAAGGUUUAUUUUUAUCUUGUUUUACAUUCUUGAGAUGUUUGGAUCCCAUCUGUGCUUCCCAACUUGGUCUGAUCCUCUCAACACUAGUUGUACCAAAGAGGUUGUUGUGAUAGGAAAAGAUUUGUUCAGUGCAUUAGUGUCUGUUUCUUGUGCUGUUGAUUUGGAAAAUUCUCUAAUUUGAUCAAGUCGUAUAUGAUGAGUUUCAGUGGCAUUGAUA